AUGCAAACCAUCGUGCUUACAACCACCAUCUCAACUUACAUCGAACUCAGAAUCCCCUGCGACGCUACUGAGAUUCCUCAAUCCAUGAGCUCUCUGCUUACUCGCCCUCCGCCUUUGUCUCUCCCGACCUCCCUGGGCAGCAUCGCGACAGGUGGAAACAGUCUCACCGCGCCCGAUGGCAGCUCUCCCGCUCCUCCUCAGACCAGCACCCUCAGGUCUACUCCGGCCGCCGAGAAGCCCAACCCUUCUUCGUCCAACUCCUUCUCCUCGAGUCAGACUUCCUCCCCCUUCACCACCGGCACCCAGAGCUCUACAAUCGACCACACCUCGACCGCCGAUUCCUCAUCCGCACCUGCCGUCCCCGACACAUCCACAGCUGCCUCUAGAAGCACCGCCGAGCCCUCGAAGCCUGCCACCGCGACUUCCACCACGAAUAUUCCCAUCUCCACGCAGUCUAUCUCAUCAGGAACGACCGAGUCCUCCGUGGCAUUGUCAUCAUCAUCCUCGACUCGCAACAUCACGACCGUCGUGGUAUCAAGCACCAUCGUGGUCCUCUGGCCAGGAACGGAAAGCACAUCCAGCGUCGCGGUAUCGACCACUUCCCCCUCCUCCAAGGCUCAACAUACCGCCUGGGUAACCCAGACCUCCCAAGAGACAGUCACGGAAUGGAUGCAGCCCUCGUCGUCCUCAUCCUCCUCGUCAUCAACCUCUUCCUCCUCCUUGCCAUCCUUCUCUUCAAGCCCCGCUCGAACCGCAUGGGUCACGAAGACCGCUAAAGCGACAGUCACAGAAUGGUUCGACCCGCCGGCCGUCGCUCCUUCCUCAUCCUCCACCUCUACCACCCCGGAUGGUCCCGCCGUCGUCGUCGUGACGGCCUCCGCGCAAGCUACUAUAACCCAAUUCCACGACAGCACCCAAACGAUCAUCGUCUCCCCCUCCUCCUCCGCUCCUGCCUCACCCGAAGUCCAUCCCCGCCUUCCCACAGACUCGAACCUCCCCGGCCCGACAAAGCGCAUCGUCCGCUUCAGCCAGCGGAUCUGGUACACCGAGAACAAGCACCAGAUCAUGGUCAUAGCCACCUACGAGGACAACCACGUCGUCACCGUCUACACGGCCCCGGAAAGGACCGAUCUGCCCGCUGUGCUGGUGCUCGAUGACCAGAACGGCAACAAGCGAGGCUCGCUCAAGAUGACAUUCCGCGUGGGCUUCUUCACGAUUGACUUCCGCUCGGAGAUGGCGGGCAGGGUUGUCGAGUGGGAGAACCACUGGACCAAGAACGAGGCGGACGAGGGUGCGCCGUGGUGCGAGACCGUGUUCCUGAAGGAUGACGGAAAGGAGAGACUCGCUCGGGAGAUCUGGUGCUACUACACCGCCUGA